AUGACUUGUGCAUAUUGUAAGAAACCUGGUCAUACUAUGGAUGACUGCUGGAAGAGGCAAGGAAAGUGCUUGAAAUGUGGAAGUAGCGAGCACCAAAUUUCUGGAUGUCCAAAAAUGCAGGAAGGGACUACUUCGAACGCUAGACCAAACACUUCUGGAGGGAGCCGGCCGACAGUUCCUGCCAGAGUGUAUGCUAUAGGUGACCAACCUGUACCUGAUUCCUCGGAAGUGGUGGAAGGUACACUUCCGAUUUUUCAUCGAUUAGCUAAAGUGUUAAUUGACCCUGGUGCAACCCAUUCAUUCGUAAAUCCAUCUUUUAUGUCUGGAAUAGAUGUGCAACCUGUUAGAUUACCCUUCGAUCUUGAAGUUAGGACUCCCAUGGGUUACGAUGUUAUAAUAGGAAUGGAUUUUCUAGGCCAUUAUCAUGCUAAACUUGACUGCCGAGCGAAAGUGGUGGAAUUUUGUAUACCUGGUGAAGCAACCCUGAGGUUAGAUGUCAAGGGUAGGUUAGCAUCAUCUGCUAUGAUCUCAGGAAUCCGAGCAAGGAAAAUGUUGUCUAAAGGAGCGCAAGGUUUCUUAGCUUCUUGA